AUGGAUCUGCUGCCAAUAGACUGGAAGACUAAAAUGUUCCGCUCCACAAAUGUCAGGAUACAGGACAGAACAGGGCCUGUGAACCACACAUCCAUCACCCAGGUUGUCCUACUGGAUCUCACCAGCCACCGAAGAACACAGAUUGCCCUCUUUGUGCUUAUCUUCAUUUCUUAUCUGAUCACCAUGCUGAGCAAUCUACUAGUGGUCAUCCUGGUCCAGUUGGACUCUCACCUCUACACCCCAAUGCAGAAGGUUAGGACAGGGACUGCGAAUCUCACUUCCAUCACAGAGUUUAUUUUGGUGGGACUCUCCAGUGAUCGAGAGAUGCAGAUUCUGCUCUUUGUGGUCAUCCUCAUCAUCUACUUGCUCACUGUUAUGGGGAACCUGAUGAUCAUCAUGCUAGUGUGGAUCGACUCCUCCCUCCACACGCCCAUGUACUUCUUCCUGACACACCUGUCAUGUCUGGAGAUCUGUUAUGUCACCAGCACUUUCCCCCAGAUGAUGAUUCACCUCCUGUCUGGAAAUGGAGCCAUCUCCUUCUUCCGUUGUGCCGUCCAGAUGUAUAUUGCCUUGGCCUUGGGUGGCACCGAAUGCAUUCUGCUGGCCGUAAUGGCUUAUGACCGCUACUUGGCCAUCUGCCAUCCUCUGCACUAUGCCAUUUCCAUGGGCAGGUGGCGCCAACUACAGCUCACCUCAGUCUCUUGGGCAGGUGGCUUCCUCAUUUCUGGGAUCAACGUUGGCAGCACACUUCGCCUUCCAUUCUGUGGUCCCAACCACAUCAACCACUUCUGCUGUGAGCUCCCGCUGGUUUUGAAACUCUCAUGUGCUGACACACGCCUCAUGGAAGCUAUGAUUUGGGGGGGAUCUGUGUUGGGCCUCCUGCUUCCUGUUUUGGUUGUCCUGACUUCCUACGUGCUCAUUCUGUCCUCUGUGUUAAAAAUGCGGUCAACUGCCAGGCAACACAAGGCCUUCUCCACGUGUGCUUCCCACCUGGUGGUCGUCACCAUGUUCUAUGGCACUGCCAUCUCAAUGUAUAUGAAGCCUCGGACAGGCACAGCUCCCGACCAUGACAAGCAAAUUGCUGUCUUUUACAUUGUGGUCACUCCUCUGCUCAACCCUAUCAUUUACACCCUGCGGAACAAGGAUGUCCAUGGGGCGGUGGCCAAGGUGCUGCAAAGACAGGGAUUUAAACACAAAAGUUAA